GUUUACCAUUGUAACAGUACAUAGUAGUAUAAAGAAAUAAUGUCUUAUUUCUACCUGUAUAUAUAAUCUCUGUUUCUUUUAUGAACACACACAAUCUACAGAUAUGAUGCUUCGUGAAGAGUAAAGCAUGCGGUGUGGUUAAAUAUGGAUUUGUCGACAAAUUAUUUGGAAGAUUUAGAUGAUACCGAUAAAGAUGUAUCAGAGUCUCAUAAUAAACUUCUUGAAGCUGUAUCACAGCUUGAUAAAGGCCAAAGAGUAAAAAAGGCAGAACGAAGUGAACCUACGUUAGAAGUAUCAGAAUUUCAUUUGGUAAAAAGUGGAGUAUCUGAUCAAGAUGCGGUUCAUGUAUACGAUUUAGCUAGAACUUUAGGGAAAAAAGGUCAUCAUCAUGAAAUUAUCAGAAAUUUACAAGCUAUAAGGAAAAAAGUUCAAGUUUUACCAAAACCAUUGGAAAAACCAGCAGCAGACAGGAUAAAGAGAAUAGUUGGUUUUAAAAAUACAAAACAAGAAUUAAAAAAAUGGAACGCUGUAAUAACAAGGAACAGGACAGCAGAAUCGCUUCAUUUUCCUUUAAAUCAGUCAUCAAUGCAAUUUGAGCCAUCUACGGAAUUUGUUAAAAGAUUUAGACUUCAAUCAGAUUUAGAGAAAGAACUUGCUGCACUAGAACCACAGAAUGAGAACCUUGAACAAAAACAUGAUGAAUUUUCUUUAACAUUGAAGGAAGUUAUUAUGAAAAGAAAAGAAGCUGCUAGAAUCAGAGCACAACAGUCUUAUAGAGAAGCAAAGGCUCAUCGCCAAAAUAAAAUUAAAAGUAAAAAAUUUCACCGUAUUCAAAGAAAAGAAAAAAUAAAAUUGCAAUUGAGAGAGUUUGAAGAAUUGCAGAAAACUAAUCCAGAAGCUGCAUUGGAAAAACUUGAACAACUAGAUAGAACUAGAGCAGAAGAGCGAAUGACACUAAGGCAUAAAAAUACAGGGAAGUGGGCUAAAUCUAAGCAAAUUAUGGCAAAAUAUGAUAAAGAAGCUCGACAAGAACUUGCACAACAAUUAUCAGUUGGUCGAGAAUUAACUCAGAAAUUAAGAAAAUCAAAUGAUAGUGAAGAAGAAGAUGCAAGUGAUGAUACAUUUGUACAAAAGCUUUUAGUUAAUGAUAAAGAAAAUCCUUGGGUAGGGAAUAUCAAAACUGAAUCAGAAAUCAAUGAAUUUGUUAAAAGUUAUCGUAAAUAUUGGGAUGAUCAAAAUAAGAAGUUAGAAAAUAAAUUAGAAAAUAAACAAACGGAUAAUUCAUUAAAGGAUACACAACCUAAUGGUAUUUUAAAUGGCAAAGAUACUGACGUUGGUAUAGACUUUCCUGAAACUCGAAACAAUGAAAAGAUACAAGAAGUUGUAAAUUUUAGUGAGCAGACGAUUUCAUUAGCAGAUACUAGUUUGAAAGAUAACAAUAGUAAUAAUAAGCAAUCACUUGAAAUUGACAGUCACAAUGAAAAUUUAACAAUAACAGAAUUUAAUGUUGAAAAUACAAUGAAUAAUUCACAUAACAAAAUUACACAAAAGAGCAUAUUAGAUAGCAAUAAAAAAUCUAAUAAAAUAAAUUCAAAUAACGUUAUAGCCACAUCUAGUUGGAUAGUGGAAUCUAUAGAAAAUACUAAUGUGGAAAGCGUCAUUAAUUCUUUGACAUCUAAUAUAACAAAUAGUGAAAAAAUAACUAAAAUAUUUGAUUUUAUGGAAGAAAAGAUUCAAGAUCAGAUUAAAUUGAAACUUGAACGUGUUACUCAGAAUUAUGACAAAGUAAAAGUUAAGAAAAGAAAAUCUAGAAACAUUGAAUUUGAAGAAGAUAAUUUCGAUGGCCUUGAAAUGCAAGAGAAAAAACAAAAACCUACUUUAGAUUUAGGUUUAGAUGAAAGUGUUGACAAAAAUAAUUCAGAAGCGGAUACUGCAUUAGAAAAAGUUAAAAAAAUAAGGCAUGAUAACACUUUAUCUAUAGAUAAAUCAAAUACUUCUUCUAAAGUAGAAAUAGAUCCAAAUAAAUACAUAAAUGUGAAACCUAAGCAUCUACAUACAGAUAUCCCAAAUGAUAUUACCGGAGGUAAUGAUGUUUUAGAUGACAGUGAAGAUGAAGAAAAAAAACGUAAUGUAGUAAGUGAAGCAUUUGCAGAUGAUGAUGUCAUAGAAGAGUUUAGGAGAGAAAAAGAAGAAGAGGUGAAAAAGUGUCAACCUCAGGAUAUCGAUUUAACUUUACCUGGAUGGGGAAGUUGGGGUGGAAAAAAUAUUAAAAUUUCAGGACGCAAAAAGAGACGUUUUAUUUUAAAGGUACCUAAAGAUUUACCUCGAAAAGAUGAAAAUAAAGGUGAUGUGAUAAUAUUUGAAGAAGAUAAUCCUAAAAUAAAGGAACAUCAGGUUAAUGAAUUGCCAUAUCCAUUUUCAAGCGUUAAUGAUUAUGAAGCUAGCAUCAGAAUGCCAAUUGGAAGAAAUUUUGUGUCUGAAAAUUCUCACAGAAAACUAAUUGAUCCCCCUAUUAAAACAAGUAUGGGGAGGAUUAUUGAACCAAUGACUGAAGAUGUUUUAGUUAAAACAGGUGGUAAAAGGAAUCGAAAAUUUAUUCCUAAGAAAAUAAAUAAAAAAAAGAAGAUAAGACAAAUAAAAACAAAUAAACAAACAAUAAAAUAAAUCAGAAAAAAUUAUAUUGUAAAAAAAUCUUUCAAACAGAAUCAUUCUUUUUAAAAUGUUUAGUAUAAAAUGUAUGUAAUAUAAUAAUUUUAUAUUUCCUC